UCUUGUGUGGUACAGAUUGACGCGUGCUUAUAUUGUAAAUUUCAUUGUUCAAAAUUGUAUGAACGACCUUACUUUCCGUGGUGAAUUUGUAGUUUAAGUGCAGGAAAUUACAGAAAAAUGGAUAACUCAUCCAUCAGUGAAAUAGAUCAAACAGCAGUGUUGCUAACCCAUCUGGCACAGAUGUGCAUGAAUGCUGACAAUGCGGACGUCACCUUUAUCGUGAAGGGCGAGCAUCUACCAGCGCAUCGGAACAUCCUAGCGGCAAGGAGCGAAUAUUUCCGGGCACUUUUAUAUGGUGGACUGAAGGAGUCUAAGCAGAACGAAAUUGCACUCGAUGUUCCGGUAGAAGCAUUCAAGUUUUUGAUGAAAUAUAUCUACACCGGCCGUUUGCCGUUAAAGCAGAUGAAGAACACCGACAUUCUAGAUAUACUUGAAUUAGCUCAUCAGUAUGGGUUUAUCGACCUGCAGACGGCUAUUUCGGAUUACCUUUGCAAAGUUAUUUGCAUGGACAAUGUGUGCUAUAUAUCAAGAACUGCUUGUUUAUUAGACCUUAACAGCUUAUCCACUGCAUGCUACACGUUUAUGGACGAGAAUGCGAGCAGUGUCUUGAAGUCGGAUAUGUUCCGUAGCAUAUCCUAUGAGGCCCUGUUCGGUUUAUUAAAGCGGACGACUUUUUACGCUGAUGAAGUCGAAAUCUUCAAAGCUGUUCAUGAUUGGUGCCGAUUCAAUGAAGCAAAAUCAGAUAUAGCUGAGAAGCUUUAUAAUCAGGUACGGUUUACGCUGAUGUCUCAGCAUGACCUUUUGAAUGUGGUGUGGAGUGCAAAUGUCCUGGAUCCGAAUCGUCUGUUGGAUAUAAUUGCUGAGAAAGAGAAGUCAUCGGAAUUGCCUCAUCGUGCUACAUCCUUGGCGGAGCUGACUAUAGCCAAUGAUAAGAUUAAGUGGUCCCCAACAUUUUCAAAUAUGUUGAGCCUGAAUGGUGAAAUCGAUUUGGGUAAACAUAUCAUGGUCAACUGUAUUCGAGUGGAAAAGUCAAAUGGUUGGUAUAAGUCAAUUGAUCGGACAUACGUCGUAGAAGUUUCGGUCGAUAACCAGCGUUGGAGUAAAGGUGUUACAUGUACAGCAUCCACUGGUAAUGUGACCGUAACGCAUUUUCCGGCUGGUGUUGCUCGUUACAUUCGUAUUUCGCAAGUGCAAGAAACGUAUGAAAUUAGCGUUAUUAAAGCCAUGUGCCAAAAACUCAAAUGUACCUGCCCGACCGGUGAAAAAAAGCACUAAGUGGUAAAGAGUAGACCGCCAUUAUUUUAGUAGACAGUUCUGAUAGUUAAAGAUGCUAAUGAAAAAUAGGUUCAGCGUACUUUCCACAAUUAACACCUUUUAAAAUGACACGUGUUUUAGACGGCCUUUGGCUAACCCAUCCGCUCAUCUGGCAAACAAUAACUUUGCAAAAACUGGUCAUGUGUGAUGAAAUGCGAGAAAAAAUAAUGGUUCCUGCUAACAUUUUGAUAGAAUUUUGAUUGAGAACACGGGGUUUCUGCAGUGAGUAAUAGUGUUUGAAACAUCACAAUCACAUCACAUUCUAUGAACUAACGUAAACAUGAAAUAUCUUUUAAACAAAAUUUAGAAUGUCUUUUCAUAAUCAGCAUAAAUGCAAGCAACAAUGAUAAAUGUUGUACGGAUCUACUCCUAUUCCUUUAAAAUAUGGACAGCAUUUUUUGGCCCUUCGGCUAGCAAUUGAAAAUCAAUGUUUUAAAAUGUGGAAAUACUACAACUUAUUAUUCAUGGACUGGUUAUUGAAGCAUGGACUAUUGAAGAAUGUUACACAGCAUUCGAAAAAACAAGGCCCAUCAUUUAAAUGUCUCAACAACUUGACCAGCAAACCAGCGCUCUAACGGCAAACUAACGCACUGAUAAUUGUUGUUUAUUGAUAAAGCGGUGUUGUUCAAUGUGUCGCGCUGUCGAACUAUGGAACGGCUAAGUAUAGAUAUCCAAUGUGUUGUGAAGUUGUUUUAAAUUACUGCAAUAAAUUGAGGAUCAUUUAUUAUAGUUUUCAUGUAGUUUCGCCACCUAUCGAUCCGUUCGCAUAAUUUUGGAUCCUGAAGUGCAUACACGUGACGUCAUUAAAAUGGCUAUCGAGACUCAUCUUUCAACGUGUGCCAGAAGAAGAUAGUUGUGCAUGGUUUGUAAGCGUUUGUAUACACUAAGCAUUUGGGGGGCUCGUCUGUCUUCCAUCAGGUCACUUAAUGCAUUUAGUUCGAGUUAAUCCAAAACCUGGCAUACGCUGAUGUCAUACGAUAGCCGCAGACCAAUGAUGUCUAUGUGACUGAAGCCUACAAUGGGAACCUAAUUGUUACCGUUACCGUGUAAAAUUGUUACCCAAUCAGAUCAUCAGAUCAGAUCGGCACUUUUAUAAAAAAAUUACUUGUAACUAUUAUCAAUCUACUAGCCACCAGUUACUUGUUGUAGGCAAAGUUUCCAGAUCAUCGCUUUCAUUAAUAAAACAAAAUAGU